AAAGCUUCCCCUUGGCAGCGCGAAGAGACCCUGGACGGCAGAAUGGAAGCGGCGGCUCCCUCCCACGACGAGUCCAUCCUGUACCUGAUCUACUGCUUCAGAAGGCGGAUCAAGAACAACAUGCGCGUGGCCCCCGUGCUGGACCUGAUGCCCUCUUUGCCCCACGAGCAGAAAGACGCCAUCCGAGCCGUGUUGGACCAGCGCGGGGAAGUGGAAGCGGCCGAGCGGCUCCUGUGCGCCCUGGAGAAUGACCGCCGCCCGCCCGGCCUGUGCCAGGAAUUCUACGAGGCGCUGUCGCAUGGCGGCUUCAGCGCCGCCGACUACGUGGACCCCAGCAUGAGCGAGCUGCCCUCGCCUUCCCUCGAGGCCAUGAACGACACGGGCAAGUUCCUGGUCAACUUGUUCUUCAACACUCUCGUGGAGAACCUGAGAGCCACGCAGGUGGCCGAUAAGUGCCUGGGGGAGCUUUUUACCAACGAGGACGUGGAUCGGAUCAGAGCUAAAGAUGCAGCAGCAGGGAAUGCAGCAGCAGUGAGGGAGCUUCUGGGCACGGUAGUGCAGAAGAAAGAGUGGCUGUCGCCGUUUCUGCAGGCCCUGCGUGGAUCUGGGCAUGAAGAUGCCGCAAAUACCAUAAGUGGACAUAAAGAGGAGCAAAUAGUCAACGGGAUGCCUGCAAGGGAAGCUUUGGGCACCGAGGAACCUCAUGUACCUGAAAACCCAAAGCAGGGUGCUGAGUUGGGGUGCAGCUUCACCUGUGAGGAGAAUGCCUCAGAAGAAUCGUGUGGAGGGAGUUCUGCUGUUUCAGAUUCUGACGUCAGUUUGCUGGAUGCAAGUGUCAAUGAUGUGAGCGAGAGUGUCGGGCAGUGCAGCCUCACCAGCGGUGAUUCAGAUGAUGCUGAAGAUGAAGAGACAAGAGUUUCACCAGAGCCAGAGUUGACGCUCAGAGACUACCAGAUGGAGGUUGCCAGGCCAGCCCUGGAAGGGAAGAACAUUGUCCUGUGCCUCCCUACGGGCAGCGGCAAGACCCGAGUGGCCGUCUACAUUGCCAAAAACCACUUGGAUCAGAGAAAGGAAGCCGGACAGCACGCAAAAGUUAUCGUGCUUGUCAACAAGGUGCCAUUGGUGGAGCAGCAUUUCCGGAAAGAAUUUCAUCCCUUCCUGAAGCAUCGGUAUCGAGUCAUUGGGCUGAGCGGUGCCUCUCAGCUGAAAAUUUCCUUCCCUAAUGUUGUCGGAGAUUACGAUGUCAUUAUCUGCACAGCUCAGAUCCUUGAGAAUGCAUUGCAAAAUGCAGACCAGGAUGAAGAAGAGGGAGUUCAGUUAAAAGUGUUCUCCCUGAUCAUCAUUGAUGAAUGCCAUCACACUCAGAAGGAAGGGGUGUAUAACAGCAUCAUGCGCCAUUACUUAAAAGAGAAGAGGGACAAUGAGAAGCGAAGGAAAGAGGGCGAGCAGUGUUCUCCACAAGCUCAGGUUCUGGGGCUGACAGCUUCACCUGGGGUCGGAGGUGCAAAAAAUGCGGUAAAGGCUGAGCAGCAUAUUUUGAAAAUAUGUGCCAAUCUUGAUGCAGAUGGAAUUAUGACAGUUCAAGAACAUGCCCAACAGCUGAAGGAUCAGGUGAAAGAACCCUCCAAGAAAUUUGAGAUUGCAGAAAACAAGAGAAAGGAUCCGUUCAGAGAGAAACUCAUAAACAUAAUGACAGAGAUCCAGACCUAUUGUGAAUUCAAUCCAAGCGCUGAGUAUGGAUCUCAGACCUAUGAACAGUGGGUGAUUCAAGAGGAGAAGAAAGCUGCCAAAGAAGAGCAUCGCAAGCAGCGGGUCUGUGCAGAGCAUUUGAAGAAAUACAACGACGCCUUGAUAAUUAAUGACACCAUCCGAAUGAUUGAUGCGUAUGAGCAUCUCAAAAGCUUCUACAAGGAAGAAAAGAGUAAGAAGAUGGCAGUGGAUGAAGACAAUGAGGAUCAGCCAGGAGCAUCAAAACCAGAUGAAACUGAUGCAUUUCUUAUAAAUUUGUUUUAUGCCAAAGAGAAGGAGCUGCAGCAGUUAGCCAGAGAAGCAAAAUACGAAAAUGAAAAGCUGACCAAGCUGCGUAGAACAUUAAUGGAAGAAUUCACAAAGACAUCUGAGCCCAGAGGAAUCAUUUUCACAAAGACUCGGCAAAGUGCCGUUGCUCUCCAUCAGUGGAUUGAAGAGGACCCAAAAUUUGAAGACGUUAAAGUGAAAUCUCACUAUCUUAUUGGUGCUGGACACAAUAGUGAGUUUAAGCCCAUGACUCAGAAUGAACAAAAGGAAGUCAUUGAAAAAUUUCGUGCUGGAAAAGUCACCCUCCUUAUUGCUACUACUGUGGCAGAAGAAGGCCUGGAUAUCCCAGAAUGUAACAUAGUUAUCCGCUAUGGUCUUGUUACCAAUGAAAUAGCUAUGAUGCAGGCUCGUGGACGAGCUCGAGCGGACGAGAGCACCUAUGUGCUUGUGUCGUCGGGGGAAUCGGGAGCUGUUGAACGUGAAAGCGUCAACAUGUUCCGCGAGAGAAUGAUGCACAAAGCCAUCAGACGUGUCCAGUUGAUGCCCAGAGAAGAGUAUAUACGUAAGAUACGAGACUUUCAGCUGCAAAGCAAGAUGGAGGCAAAAAUGAAGGCUAGGAAAGAGCAGUCAAAGAAAUGCAAGGAAAACCCAUCCUUGAUCAAGUUCCUCUGCAAAAACUGUACCAAGCUGACCUGUUCAGGAGAAGACAUACAGGUCAUUGAAGACAUGCAUCAUGUCAGCGUCAAAGCGGAAUUUGCCCGCCUUUAUAUUAAAAGAGAAAACAAGACUCUGCAAGCAAAAGCAGCGGAUUAUCAAACCAAUUGGGAAAUUAUCUGCAAAGAUUGUGGACAAGUUUGGGGAAAUAUGAUGGUGUUCCGAGGCCUAGACCUGCCUUGCUUGCAAAUAAAAAAUUUUGUGGUUUCGUUCAACGACAAGAAAACUCCUGUCAAAAAGCUCUUCAAAAGAUGGGGCGAGCUGCCCGUCAAGUUUCCAGAUUUCAGUUAUGCGGAUCAUUGCAUUUCCAGUGAUGAUGAUUAAGAAGGCUUGAGAGAGAGAGAGACUCUAAGGCAUGUGGAGAUGCUAAGAUUGCGCACUCAAGUUCUUAAUAGGGAAAAGUUUACCCGAGCAUGUUUAUGACAUGAGGACCACAGCACCAAGCAAUGGCAAGAGCUUUCUUUUCACAUCAGAUUCUGAGUAGAGUCAGCUCAUGCGUUCAGCUGUGAGUCACAGAGUGGGAAGGAAUAGUUGUGUGGUGCCCACACAUGUAUAAAUUAGCUCAACAAUGUGGAAUUGCCAAGUGCAAUCGAAAGCUUCUGGGGAGGGUCAUUUUGCUUGGGAGUCUGCAUUCGACCCUACAGUGGCUGUCUAGGGUGGACCAAUGUCAUCAGACCAUGGGGAACCAUGUCUCUAAUCGGCAAACAGCGUUAAAUAAAACCUGUGUUACCAAUUAUUCUAUUGCCUAAUAUGCAGCUGAUGCUAUAUUCAAGUUCCUGUGCAAUUCAUCAAUAAAAGCACAUUUCCUAAAUUGAUUUGUGAUCAAACUGUUAACAAGAGGCAAAAGUCUGCUGAUGUUUUGCUGAAACUAGUGUCGUAUUUAUGUUACAAAUAUAUAUGUAUUUCAGCUACAAAAUGUUUUGCACUUUAGUACCGGACAACUUGUUGCUCAAUGUUCCCGUUAAAUAAAAAUAAAAU